AUGUUUUCACUUAUAUUCUAAAUGAUUGAGUUUUUAUUGUCUGUUGCAUUGUGUCUAUUUAUUAAAGUAGGAAGAGAAGAGACAAAAAUGAGUGGAAGAGUACUUAAGUUUGCAUAUAGGGUUGAAAAGAACCUACUUUAUAAUUAUGAAUUUGGAAGAUAUACAAAAGUAGGUAAUGAGUUUACAAUAGGUUUUCAGAUUUUGCCUGAUUCCAUUUUUAUUAUCGACUUUAUAUCGCAAGGUUAUGAAACUUAAAUCAUCCUUUAAUUUGUAUCAGAUAAUGUUAUUAGUGAUUGAUUUAUUAUCAUUGACUGAUUAUAUUAACACAACUGAGUCAUAUUAAAGAUAUUGUCUAGUUUAUGCAAUCAGAAUAAUUAGAACAACAAUAAUGUUGUUUGAUUUAAUUAGAGAUAUUACAAAAGUGGCUAUGAUCCAUUAUGAACAAAGAUUAUAAGCAAAAUAGCUAUAAAUAUAAUAACAACUUUAAUAAAAUCAAUAAGAAUAAACAAAACUAUAGGAGAGCUAAGAUGAAGAAUCAGACAUGGAUGAAUCAUAGAAAUUAAUCAAUACAAAAAAAUAGUAAUAAUAAUAAACAUUAAUAAAACGACUAAUAUUUCCAUAAAUGAAAAUUCCUUGCAUUGCAUUAAAUUUAAUAAUCAAUCAACAGUAAUAUUAUAUUUAAAUAAUUGAUCCUUGGAGUUUUGAUAAAUCAUUCUCUUAAAUCUAAAUCAGAGAGCAAUUAUUAAUAAUGAUUAAACUUAACUUUUGUUGCUAAAUUUAUUAAAACAUAAAGAAAACUAAAUGUAAUUAAUAAGCACUUUAUUAAUAUAGAGAAUUAAUAGCUGAAUAUCUAUCUUAAAUUAUUUGGAUGAAUUGA